UAAAUAAAAAGGCGGAGAGGAGCGGAGGAGAGGGAAGAGUUGGCAAGUUGCGUUGUCUGAAAAGUGAAACCCUUGUUAGUUUGUGCAAUUAGGAAUUUGGGGUCCAUACCAAAAACAUCCAUAAUAGUAAGAAGUGAGAAAACCGCUCUUAAACCCCUUGUCUUUGUUUGAGUGAGUGAGUGAGAGAGGUUUUGGAGGUUUCUGGCCUUAUUUCUGGGUCUCUGUUAGGAGGACGUACGGACACAGUCAAGACUCCCAUGUCCAUGAACAUAAAGCGACGGAGAAGACGACAAUGACCACCACCACCACCACCACCUCCAUGAUCUUCAGAAGACGCCUCCUCCUCUGCUCCCCCAAAUCCAUUUCCAAAUUCAAAUUGGUAUACUCUGCUCACUCUUCUGCUUCUUCUGCUUCUGUUGAUGACGAUGAUGCCGAGGCACCCAUUAGUCCCGCCAAAGUCAAGGGGAGAAGGGUUCCCAUAGCCCAACGCCAGGCUAUGAUCCAAGCCUUUGUUAACGAGUACAAAACAAUGUAUGAUGGCAAGUUACCUUCUGCUUCUGAGACUAAAAAACAUGUUGGUGGUUCUUACUACGUUGUUAAGAAGAUUCUUCAGGAAUUGCAAUAUAAUGAGAAUAUGUACUCUAACUCAAUCAAUGGGAGUAAAAAGUCUUUGGGAAAAGAGCUAAUCGUAGAGACGGAAUACAGUUUGACUGAAGCUGAAGAGGUCUUAACAAGUAAAAUUUCAAUGGAUGCUGUUAUUCAAGAUGAUUCUCAGAGGGAGGCUACAAACUCUGUGGAGACUGUUAAUGUUGUUGGCAAGCAGUUGAAAGCAGAGAAAGGGUCACAGACUCUCUCUUCAGCUAAGGAGACCUUUUCCAAAGAGAUUGUAGCUCCUGAUAGUGCAUCUGAUUAUAUUGCAGCACAAAACAAUCUGCUGAAAGAGAAUGCUGAAGAAAUUUCUCGCACAUGCAUCGAGAAACUGGAAAGUGGUGAGAAGGAGGCUGAGCACAACCAUUCUGAUUUUGUUAGAAUGCAGGAUCAUCAACUAGAAGACAUAUCUCAUCCAUAUUGUGAAAAAUCUGAGAAUGGUAUAAAGGAGGAAUCUCAGACCCAGGGUAAUGUUCUGGAUUUUGUUGAGUUGGAAGAUGAUCCAUUGGUAAGAGGUUCUACGAAAGCUUAUGAUUUAGGUACUGAGAAUGAAGAGGACAAGAAGAAACUGAAAUUCGCAGAAGAUCUACCAGAUAAAGAUGUUGAAAAACACACAGCAAAACAAUAUGAAGGGACUCCUGAACCAGACAAAGCAACACUGAUCGUCCCAAAGCAAACAACUUUCUGGGGAAAUCUGAAGUCAUUUGCCGAUGGCAUCCUUAGUUUGUGGCGGAAAGAUUAAAUCUUUACCUAGGUAGUCAUUCAGGAUUUCAAUAUUUGUUAGAACUAUCCCGUUUCUUAAAUGCUUCUUAUUCUUAUCAGUUAACAUAUAUUAUCUUCCUCCUGAGUUUCCUCUUGCCUUUCAUCAGUUUUUUUCCUACGUUGAGAGAGAAUUUGCAGCUGCAUGCUAUGCUGGCUUCAGAGAGUAGCUUAAUAGUUAAUGACAUCAAAGCAUGAAUAUUGUUUGUUAAAUUAGCCUUUUUUGUGAUGUAAAGAAAAUGUAGAGCAAAAGAUAGCUUCUUCUAUCCAAUUUUAAUCUGUAUAUUGCUAGUUACUUCAAGUUGUAGAUCAAUUUGAUGAUGGAAAAAGGGGUUUGGAGAAGGUGGUAUUAUGGAGUUCUUGAUAUGAGAAUUCUUUUCAUGUAUUGUUCGAAAAACAAGCCUGGUUAUGAAAGAAGAAAAUGAGGAAUUACUGGGAACUUUGGAACUUUAAUACUCUUUCCAAUUAUUUUCCAACUUGUAUCAUAUUGUAUAGCGAUAUAACUUCAGUUAAUAAAUGUUACACUUUUCAAUUA